AGCAAUCGUCUUUAUUAUUAUUAUUAUUAUUAUUAUUAUUUUGUUUUGUUCCGUCCGUCGUUCGCGCUUCAAUCGCUGUUGUUGUUUGACCGCGAUUACACUCGCGCACACACACAUACACACAUACGCACGCACAGACAUCUGUAUUAAUUUUAUUCUAGAAGUCUAUGAUUAACAACAUAAUCAAACAAUAUGAAUAUUGAUAAUGUUCAAAUAGAAUUGGACAACAUGAAUAUUGAUUGUGUAAAUACUAAAAAAGACAAUAUGAAUAUUGAUUACAUAAUUACCAAAUCAGACGAUAUGAAUAUUGAUUGUGCAAUAACUGAAUCAGACAAUAUGAAUAUUGAUGGUACACAAACAGAAAGCAUACCACCCAGUAAGAAAUCCCCUGAACCUGAAUCCAUAGAUCUUUUUAAGCAACUUCCACUCGAAAUCAUCACUAAAAUUGUCCUACAUUUGAGUUUCAAUGAUGUACUGAACUUGAAAUCUGUUAGUAAGAUUUGGAGAUGUUUAUAUGUAAACCAAAAUGAGAUUUGGGCCAAUGUAUGUGAGAAUUUCAAUAUACGAGUCAUUGAUUAUAGCCGGUGUCUUCAUGAUAGGUCGAGACAUGAUUCAGAUUGCAAAGGAUAUGCUGAAGCAUCAUCAGAAAAAUUAUUUGGGCCUUUAUGCGAUUAUUGGUUAGCAUUUAAUCAUUAUAUAAUGAUAGUAAAGAAUAUAAAAAACAAUGAUUUUCCAACCAUUUAUAUACCUCGUCAGCGUGUUGAACAGUCAUAUUGUACUGAUGAUUAUAUAGUCAAUAUAAAUUGCUACAACAAACAACCACUUCAAGUAAUUGUUUUAAAUGGCGCAAAUAAUCCCAUCACAAAAAAAUGUUUGAAAAUAUUUGAUAAAUUAAAAGAAUUAAUUAAAACAAAACUAUAUCCUCUCAAAGUAAUUGGUAACAAAAGGUACUUGGUAUUUGAAAUUUGUUCAAUUAUAUUUGUUUAUUCAAUUGAAAAAACUGAAUUCACCCCACGCUUUUUUAAAGUGAUACAGAAAUCUGUUGAUUAUGGCUUGAAUAAAGAUGAUUUUGACGCAAAGUUCUUAAAUGACCAUCGAGAUACUAAAUUUGAUUUAUAUGAUCAUAAGCUAGCAAUGGUACACCCAACUACUGGUACAUUAUUUGUGACUGAUUUGAGUACAGGAAAUACAUAUAAAGAACUGAAAUUUAGUUCAAGAGGAUGCAUUGUUGAUAGCAUGAAAUGCUCAGAUUAUAGACUCAUGAUUGGAAUCACAAAAAUGAAGAAAAAAGGAAUGAAACCAGAACAUUUGGCAAUUGUUUAUCACAUGAAAGGAUGUACACAAGACAAUAGAUUAAAAAUACCCUUGUUAGGACCUGUUUCUCAAUUCAAAGUGACCAGUAAUUGUAUUGGUGUAGAAAACACAGGUUCUGCAACUCCGUUUAUUACAAAGAUAGAUUCAUACUUAAAAGUAUUUUGGCUUGAAUGCGAUACAUUUUCAUUUGACUGUACUAGAAAGUUUAUUUAUUAUAAUAUUGAUCAAAGUAUAUUUCAGUAUGACCUUUUAAAGUCCAUGCUAUCCAAAUUUGAAGUGGUACAAAAAAUAGCUAUUAAUGCAAUAUCAAAUCUUUUACCUCUAACACCUAUAAAUGAUAGAUAUUUAUUAGUUCGAUCGACGUAUCCAAAUUCUUAUGACAUAUUUGAUGUCAAAGACCGUAUUUCUGUUAGGUCUAUACAAUUACAUGCAGGGUAUUCAUUAGUUCAUGUGGGUAAACUAUCUAUAAUGUUCUCUAAUGCCAAAGAAUUUAUGGUAAUUGCAUUUAAUUAAUUGUUUAAUUUUUUUUGUACAACAGUUUUUUUUUUUUUUAUAUAUAUAUAUUUAUCAUUAUGAUUAUUACUUUUAACUCCAUUACAUUGCAAUAUUAAUUGCAAAAUUUUAUUUGUUAAUUAUUUAUGAGUUUAAAAAAAAAACAUAUUUUUGAAAUUAUUUAUAAACUAACUGAAGGCUAUUUGUUAAGAAAUUGGGUUAACUUACUAUGAUUGUGUUCAAGAGGAUAAUAUAUUCAUUUGUAGCAUAAUAUUUAUAUAACAUUUUUUUUAUUAUUUGAUUUAUUUUGAGUUUAGUUUUGAUUUUAUUUUAUUUUUCUUAUAUUUUUUGUUAUAUGUUUUAAUUUAAAAUUUUAUUUGGAUUGUAAUUUUUUUUUCGAUAAUUAAUCUAUUAUUUUUUUCAUUUUUUCAUUAAAAAAAAAAUUGCAUUUUAUUAACAUUAAAUUUACCAUACAAAAAUUAAUUAAAAACAAUUAAUGUUUGUUAUAAAAAAUGUAUUUAUUACAAAAAUAAUUGUUGAUACUUAAUUGUUGUAUAAGGUUUAUUUGAAAAUUGAUUGUUUGAAUAUAUAAUUUAAGUUUAUAUAUAUUUUAAUAAUUAGGUAUAAUACUAUAUUAGUAUGAAGUUGUUAAGUAAUUAAUUUAGUAUUAAUAUAAACUUGUCGUUUAAUAUGAAUAAAAGAUUUAAUUUCACAUCUAA